CAAGUUUGAUUGCAGAGUUUGAUUGAUAUUAAAAUCGAUCGGUCAACGAAGACGAAGCGGAGUUGGCUGGCGAGGAAGGUGCGAAGCGGCGCAGUCGUCAAAGACGGUAGGCGUAGUCUGGAAAAUGGGCGAUUCGCAAAAAGCAAAACUGGCCGAGUCCUGCAAGAAAGGCCGGCUCUCGGAAGGGGAAGGAAUGUUGCUCGGCUCCUGAAGGGAAAGUCGGGGGUUUUUGGAUGAGGGAAAGACGCGCAGUCGACGGCCUCUGGUCUAUAGAGCAAGGCAAUGCGUGAGACAGAGAACGUGUGAGGUGAGAAGGAAGAACCAGGCAGGGGAAAAAGAGGGAUUCCACGAAUCCAAGCAGCGCCAGGACGAGGUUAAAGAUAAUUAUGGGCCACGGGGGGAUCCACACUUGGCCAGCCUUGGUAAGGUAGCCUUCUUCGCAGACACGCAGCUCAAGUUUCGUAGCGUGAAGAGAAAAGCAAGCCAUGACUAAGCUAGUACCAUCUUUUCUGGUGGGGCCCUGUAGAGAACAUCCAACACUGGAAUUCCGGUCUCUGCCAGCUGUCAAACACUGGCAAGUCAGCCUCUGCGGUGCCCCGCCCACUGCCGGGAACCCUGGAAACACGGAAAGACAAGCCACAACAGGCUGAGAGGGCGGACGGGAGGCACGAGCAGGAAGCGGGAUGGGGUGUGGUCCGUGUGGAGCCGAAGCUCAGCAAACCUCUCACGCCAAUUGCACCUCCGAUCGAUUGAGCCACAACCUCCCGCUGCUGCUGCUCAAUUGACGCCAGCACAUUUAUCGUGGUCAACCGGGGCCACAGCCAGCCAGCAGAGAACUAUCCCCAGAUCCUUUCGCCAUGCUGUCAAGAGCUGCCCGUCCGGCUUUGAGAGCCGGCGCUGCCGCCUCCUCCCGGGCUGCUGCUCCGGCCGCCACCUUCGCUACCCUCCGUGAAAUCGAGGGCCGCCUCAAGUCGAUUCGCAACAUCGAGAAGAUCACUAAGACGAUGAAGAUCGUUGCCUCGACCAAGCUCAACCGUGCCCAGCGUGCCAUGACCGAGUCGCGCAGCUACGGCGAGACCAGCAACAAGGUCUACCAGUCGGCCGAGACAAAGCCCCUCGAGGGCGAGGGCAAGAAGAAGCUCGUCGUCGUCUGCAGCUCCGACAAGGGUCUUUGCGGUGGUGUUCACUCUGGUCUUGCCCGCUUCAUCCGCCGAAGGGCUGCCACCGAGGGGGACAACUUCGACCUCGUCAUCCUCGGCGAGAAGGCCAAGGCCCAGCUCUCCCGUACGCAUGCUAAGAACAUCGUCCUGAACUUCUCUGGUGUUGGCAAGGACGUCCCCACCUUCACCGAGGCUCAGUCCAUCGUCGACCAGAUCGUCCAACUCCAGGGCGACUACUCCGAGGUUGAGAUUCUCUACAACAAGUUCAUCAACGCCACCAGCUACGAGCCCACCAUCAUUGAGGGAUUUUCCGAGGAGGCCUUUGCCAACUCCCCCAACUUUGCCGCUUUCGAGGUCGAGGAGGGUGUCCUUCCCAACCUCCGCGAGUACACCCUUGCCAACUCACUCUACUGGGCUCUUGCUGAGGGUCACGCUUGCGAGAUCUCUGCCCGCCGCAACGCCAUGGAUAACGCUUCCAAGAACGCUGGUGAGAUGAUCAGCAAGUACCAGAUUCUCUUCAACCGCACCCGCCAGGCCGUCAUUACCGGCGAGUUGGUUGAAAUUAUCACUGGUGCCACCGCCUCUGCGGACAUGUAAAUUGCCGUUUAGUGUCAAAAAAGCGGUUCUUUGCGUGAUAGAAGCUCGCCUUUUUCUUCCCAUCAUCAACCAUACACCGAGAGUGAGCAGGAAAAAGAGAUGUGGGGCAAGGGAAGGCAGUUGUAUUCCCUUUGUAUAAACUAGUUCUGAGAGAGUCUCACUUGACGUAUCGCAUCGUGCGAGCACUGCCGCUGGCCUCCUGUGUACCAACCAACAAUCCACCCCUAAAACGUAGUCUUUUACUGUG